GACUAGUAUUCUCUACUUUUCGGCCACCUAGCAUAUUCUCUUCUUUAAUUCCAAGUGAAACAAGUAUGUUCCAUAUUGUCUUCCCAAGAAAGAAAAGAACAUAUUUCUUAAAGCUACUCUUAUAUUAAUAUGAUUGGUGCUGAGACAGAAAUCACCCAAGAUAAAAGCAUAAGGCAGAGACCUAAAGCUUGGAGAAGAUAUGGGUGGUUCGGUGCUUAAAGGUAAAGUUGAUGAAUCUGAUCUUUAUGAAGCUUUAGGAUUGUGCCAAUUUUCCGGUGACGGAAGCGAAGAAACCCCCCGAAUUUUGCCCCUUCUGUCUUGUGUUCUAGAGAAAUCUGUUCGGAGGAAUGAAAAAUCGCUGGAGGGCUCUAGGAGGAAGGAUGAAAUUACCGUAUUCCAUGGCUCAAAAGCACCCGGUCUGAGCAUACGACAGUACCUUGAUCGCAUCUUAAGGUACUCCAGCUGCAGCAAUUCUUGCUUUGUUGUUGCGCACAUAUACAUAGAUAGAUACCUUCAAACUACGGGUGCCCGUCUUACUUCCCUCAAUGUUCACCGGCUCCUGAUCACAAGUAUUCUUAUAGCUGCAAAAUUUUUGGAUGAUGAUUGUCUUGACAAUGCCUAUUAUGCCAAAGUGGGAGGAGUGAGCACUGCAGAAAUGAACAGAUUAGAGAUGAAGCUCCUCUUCAGCUUGGACUUUCGGCUUCACGUGACUCCAGAAAUUUUUAGGAAAUACUGUUACAAGAUAGAGAAAGAAGGGAGCAUAGAAUACCAUCGUUUGGAGAAAGAUGAGAUCAAGCGAACAACUGUAGGUUAUACACACUGAGUUCAUAUUCCACAGAUGAAAUGUACAACAUGCUAAGAUGAAUGGAAUAUUAAAAGUUGCGAUUAUAC